AUGGAGGAUGGCGAUUAUCCGGCUGCAAGUGACACCAGAGCUUCAGGUAGCAAGCGAAGCUUCGGUGAUCUUGAAGACGAUGAAAAUAAUAAUUCCGGAUCAAAAAAGGGUAAAGUGGAAGAAUCUGGCCCUGAUUUUGUCACUCCAAGAGAGAAUGAGCUUGAAUCAGCGAAAACAGAGUUUAAUAUGUGGAAAUCAGCGUUUGAGAAGCAGUCUUUCAUACCGGCUAGAACAUCUCCUGAACCUGGAUUUGUGAUUGACUACAUCGAACAACUAAGAUCUUCCGAGACAACUUUGAAAGAACAGUUAGAAAUUGCACAAAUGAAGUUAGCUAUCCACGAUCUAAAAUCUCAACUCAAGCCAGCGUCAAUGCAGCGGUUUACGACAGAUGGGGAUCCAGAAGUUGACAGCAAGCAAGGAUCUGCCGCUGGUCCCUCAGGCAAUGUCGCACAUCUUGAGGAAGUUGAAGUUGAUGAAAACCGCUGUCUCGGGUUAGACACUCUUCCUAACCACGGCGGGAACUCUUCUUCUCCUGCAUGCCUGUCUGCCUCGGCAUUGUUGGAUGAGUUGCAGGCAGCAAAAAGGUUGAUCGCGGAGUUGAAGGAGGUUCAGGCCGUGAAUUUGGUGGAGAUGAGAAAAAAGCAAGCCGAGUUUAUGGAGUAUUAUGCCAUUUUCAAGUCGGUACUACAAAAAUAUCCGAGCUUGGUUCCUCCAUCCGCACCAGAGGAUGCUGAUGAGUAG